UUAAGGAUUCGGCCUGGUGUUUCGUCGGCCAGGUUGAGCUGUUUCGGGUUUGUUCCUGCCCAACCUUCAUGUGCACAAUGGUGCGGCGCCUCGUGGUCAACGGCUGUUCCUUUUUAGAUGCUUUGGAAGGUCCACUCCUGGCUAAAGUUAGCAGUUUUGGUGUUACAUAGCCUACUAUAUGCUGUGCUAGGCUGCAAUCUCGGUAGGGUUCUCGUUUUUGUUUUGUUCACUUGGGUGCCCGGAACUGUGUGUGGGUUGUAAUCCUCGUGCGAUCUCGUAUUUUGCAUUGUGGGGCCUUGCGGUGGAUUGUAAGCUUGGUUUGCUGGAAGCAGCAUGCUAAAUAUGAUGAGGUAGUGGCAACCGUUGUCGAGGUUGAGGGAAGAUAUCUCAAGGACAAUUCGAUUUAUUGCUCACUGUGCAGAUGCCAUACGGAUACAAAGGCCUGGAUUUUGCAGACUUCGAUUGACUUGGAAGUCAGCACAAGAGAAGCUGGUAGUCUUGGGCAUUCUAUUUUUGUAUCAUGGAAAGGUGAAGAGCCUCCGAUCACAUGGAGAUUUAAGACAAUGGGGGAUAGAGUAGGAAUUCCUGCUCGUUGGUGUAAGUGGCACCCAAGGCAACAAGGUGAAGGUGUGUGUGCGCAAUGUUUACGCACGUCCCUUGAGAAGCUCGCAGCAUACCAAGGGGAAUACCAAGAAGAGUCACUCGACUCUUACACCGGAGCCUUCUCAACAACUUCGGUAGCAGAUUUUUCCCGAAGGAGGGACGCCAAUGCGCAGAGCUAUCAACCUACGUAUCCAAAUGUUAGCUACCGAACUCGUAGUAAAAAGGACAAACCUAAAGGAGGUUUCGCUGUGCAAGAUGAAAGCGCAUCGAAUGCCGGGAAAUCCAAAGGUGCUUCGAGUUCGAGAGUCAAGCUUACCUGGGGUGGUGCUGUGCACCGGAUAACAUCCUUGCGAACCGCGUUUGUCUCGCUGUGGAAAUCAGACAGACAGCUUGAAGUGAAGAGGAAGCUUGAUGAGAAACGGGUUACUGAUGAGUAUCACGGGAAAUCGCAUGGGCAGAAUAUGUCUGAAGAUGGAAAAAAGGAUAAAUCUUCUGAACAGCAGCAUGCGCUGCAUAAUGGAACUGGAUGGGCUAACGGAGAAUCAAAGCGAUCUUCAAUCAGCAGCGGGAAGACUACACCCGCAGCAGGCCCUUCGUCUUCCGUGUCGAAAUUCACUCACAGAGCAAGCAAUGCGGAUGAUUCGCAAACGAGGUGGCGGAUGAGUAAGAGCACUCGAGAGGCGAAUCGUGAUCUCCACGUGCACAAUCCGCCAAAUCGAAGGCCCCGAACUCCAGACGGUAAUCAAGCCUACGACGCUCUUUCUCCAAUCCAACCUGUGUCGCACACGAGUAUCAAGUCAUCCCCCUGGGGGUUUUUUUCGCGGUCCGGUAGCCGGCGUAGUCCGCAUGUGGGUUUCAAAAUAGACACGCUCAAGACUACACCCAAAAGCUCCACAGCCUCCGACCAUAAGCAAGCCCCUGGGAUGAAUAACCCUCUGUCUCGUGUCUUCUCACCGAAGCCAGAAGCGCCGGUCUCCACCUCGAAGUCUGCGUUAUCAUCUCCUUCCAUGGCGCUGCCGGAUCCACAUUUUCAAACCACCAUUGGUAGUAAGAGCACUUCAUGGUCAAGGUCGUUGUCUUCCUCUAGCAGUAAGCCUAGUCCGCUGUACCUGGGGCCCCGGACAUUAGGUAGGGUUAAGGGGGACCGUCUGUCUCGAGACUUGAUAGAUGCGCAGGAGUUUCUCGAUCAGUCCAAAUCAGUGGAUGUGCACGGCCAAAAAGAAGCCAGAUAUUCUUUAGACAGUGGGUUGGAUUCCGUUUCCCCUCGCUCCUUCUUAGAGUGCUCUGACAUGAAAUCCUAUACUGGGGGAACUGGUUGUUUUGAAGAAAAAGGCAGACAAGUCGUCGAUCAUGUCAGUGAUGCACAUAGUGGAUUGGCGACGAGUCAUGCCUGAACAGGCAGCUUCCAAGAGCUCCUCAUCUAAGCGCCCAGAGAUGCCACUCAGUCCAGAAUCUGGUAUUUAGAAGUGUGACGCUGAGAGGUCUCACCAUAUGGCUGGCAGUGGAAAGGUAAGCGUGGUGAACUAGGAGAUAUCAUGCUUCAACGUCCCAGUCUCAGUUGGAUGUUCCAUUGGAAUAUUGAUUUUAGGUUUACCCUUGGACGACUGUGAGUCUCUCCGACGAAUUUAUUCGGUGACCCCUAUUGAUCGAUUCUGCAGGCACUUUGCAUUAGUUGUCGUAGCCAUGUUCAUGCUGUUUUGAUUUAGAUGGUGUAAAGUUGGCCCAACAUCGCCGGUACGCCCUGGUUGAUCUUGCUGCGAGAGAAUGGUGGAUCCACGCUUAUGCACAAAUUUAUCACCCCAGCUUUGCAGAUAUCAGAGCUGAGCUUCGUUCUAUACCUGGUGGUCAAAGUUGUGGCAUGGAGUAGUUGUCCACCUUCUGAUGCAAGGCCGCGCAGCCUUGGAAUACAAGCAGUGCACUUGAAUGAUUUCACCGAUUAGUUUGGAUAUUUAUGUCUUAGUCUUCGUCGUCUUUCAUUUCAUGCAGAUGAUGGGCUUUGGAGCUCAGCAAGGAGCUAAUGUUAUCCUGGAGAUACCCAACAGUUGUGAUGCUUUAUGGUAGUGACGCCUGCUUCGAGGAUUGUGGAAUUUACUUUAGAGUUAACCAGGGAGUUGAAUAGCCCAUCAAAGAUCACGUGACGUUGUGAGAAUUACCUGGCUGGAGACAUACAAUGUGAGAUAACUAGUAGAUGUGAAGGAUAAUUGUAUAUAUGUGUGGGGUGCUAUGCCUCGUGCCAGCCCCGCCGUCUUCUUUGUACAUUAGGCGUAAGAAGAGAGGCUCGUAGUGCAUAACAUUCUUUGGAGCAUUGGCUCUAAUGAGUUGAUUUGGUGGGUUAACCAGACAUUUUUUUCAUAUUUUUAACUCGGGCAUCGACUCUGUAGCAAUUGAGCCGCAUCAUCAAGGUUGCUCCAAUGCCGUGUCAGCUGUGUUAGGUCAUUUGAAGAGCAUUGUCUCAUUUGAAGUAGCGGUUGAUCGAUUUCUGUUAUGAUUUCUGUCGUGUUACUUUUGUUAAUGCUGUUGAAGUCAGUCGCAAAAUGCGAUUCCUUUUUC